AAAUAUUUCAAGAAACACGAGAAGCGGAUGUCGAAGGAGGAGGAACGCGCCGUCAAGGACGAGCUGCUGGGCGAGAAACCCGAGGUGAAACAGAAAUGGGCUUCGCGCCUCUUGGCCAAACUCCGCAAGGACAUCCGGCCCGAGUGCCGCGAGGACUUUGUGCUCUCCAUCACGGGCAAGAAGCCCUCGUGCUGCGUCCUCUCCAACCCCGACCAGAAGGGGAAGAUGCGCCGCAUCGACUGCCUGAGGCAGGCAGUUUUGCUGGACCUGGUCAUGGUCAUCCUCUUCAAAGGGAUCCCACUGGAGAGCACCGACGGCGAGCGCCUGGUCAAGUCAGGCCAGUGCACCAACCCCAUCCUCUGCGUCCAGCCCCACCACAUCAGUGUCUCCGUCAAGGAGCUCGACCUCUACCUGGCUUACUUCGUCCGCGAGAGAG